AUGAGAGCUGACAAGGAUGUGAGAAUGAUAGCAGGAGAGACGCCUGUUCUCUUUACCAAAGCUAUUGGAAUGUUUGCUAUGGACAUGACUCUGCGCAGCUGGAAUCACACGAAGGAGGAUAAGAGGAGAAUACUCCGAUCGAAGACGGGGUUAUCUUCAAUGACAUAUGAGUAUGUCCGUGAUCAGCAUUAUGAAGUCAAUCCUUCCAUGCCAACAAUGGAAGCUGGUGAUCAGCAGUCAGAGGUAUAUAUGCAGUUGCUUCAGCUUAAAACAACGGUUAGGCCAUUCAGGGACUGGCGUCAGCAGUUUGCACCACAGAACCAAGAGGCAGGCUUUGUUCCUUGGGCACCACAGCCACAGCAGAAUACUUAUGACUGUCUUCGUGCUGUCUCAUGUGCUCCCUGA